AUGACCUAUGUGUCCUCUGUUGUUGAACGGGUUUUUGGCAGGCCUGAGAAUGGAGAUGCACAUCACAUGCACAUCAGCACUGUGCCACUCGCUGACUUUGAAGAAAAGCUUUACAAAGCCAUUGAGAUGUACCAUGAUCAAAUGAAGUGUCUCACACAAGGAAGCAAAAAGGUGUUUGGGGUGGUAAAUGGAUCCAGACUUGGAGUCCUUGUUGACACAUCGAAUUUUAAUUGUUCUGAGGAGAGACUACCAGAGCUACAGCAACAUCUAUUAAUGCUCAUUGAGGAGCAGCUACACUUAAAGGAACGACUGUAUCUACUGUCCUAUAGCACAGAUGUCAGCAGCCUUUGGGACAGACCAGUAUAUACCUGCCCACUGAGGCACAGAGAGAGUCGUGUGUGGGUUAUGCAGCUGCGGGCAGGUGGAGGCUGUGAUCUCCUGCAGGCUUUGCAAAGGGUAUUGAUCCACUCAGAGUUGGACACACUUUUCAUUAUCCUGGGCUCAUGCCCUGAUCAGAUGGUAGACGUGAUAUGUGAUUAUUUAGUGCAAACCAAAAUGCCUGCUGUUCACGCAGUCGCCUACAACUGCAGCAGUCCAGCCGCCAUUGAGACGGUGAAGCGAAUGGCAGCAGUUACCGGAGGGAAAUAUCAUGUGUUUUCUGCUGCUCUGGGUGUAGUAGAUAGCAGUACAGAUAUGGAGCUGCUCUGGACUGAGAUUAAAGCAGCUCGAGAUAUACUUAACCAAAUUCAGAGCAUUCGUCUGGGUCAACUUGAAGGCAUACCUGUCACUGUUCAGUCAGAGAUCUCCAUGGGUUUGAACCAUCUCAAUCUUUCUGACUCCACUUCUGCAUCAUGUUCUGUCAGUGCCCCACUGUGUAUCCAACCCGCAGACCCGGUACCCAUCAGCUCUAGUGAAUGGCUAAAGACCCACGGACUGAAGGCUCAGAAGCUGGACCUGUAUCAGCUGCUGGCUUCUAAUGCUUAUUCUCCAAAAAAGACAUUUGUGCCAAUCCUGGGAAAGACAAUUGCCUCUACAGUUCAUGAGCGGUUCAUGGUACAGUUUACAUGGAUUGAUGGAAUAGUGAAGUAUUUGCACGUAGAUCUUCCAUCAUUGCAACGGUAUCAGAGGAAGCUCAUGAAUGCAGUGCAUCUCUUUGAAAGAAGAGUUCAUUAUCUGAACAGGACAGGCAGUCUGCAGAUAUGGGGAGCCAUAUGUGAGCAGAGAGUACAAGUUCUUCUGGAAAUGUCUGGGAUAAAUCUCCACUACCAGCUACAUAUCCAGCAUGCUAUCAGGCUCCUGCUACAGGAACAGCUGCCUAAUAGACACAGCUUCAAUGUCACUGUUUUUGGAUCAGAUGUCAAGUCAUGGCAAGAGAAGAUGGUGCCCACCACAUAUGAAAACCUGCAAGCUGUCUGGCAAUGGAUUCAGGGAACAGAGAGCAGCGGGGGUCGUAAUACUCUAGCUGCUCUGCAGAAUGUUCUAGAAGAGGAACCGUAUGGAGAAUCUUCAUUAACUUGUGGAGUUUAUCUUCUGACCACCGGAAUGCCAGAUCAAGAUUUGGCUUCUGUCAACGCCUAUGUGUCUGAGCACUGCAGAACUGCAAACCUGAAUCUCCAUGUGUGCCUGAUCACCGGAGAGAAGGACACUAUCCAAUGCCCUGUGUCCUGCAACUCCACUCAAGCUGUCACUGCCCGGGCAUUGCGUGGCCUGGCACAUGCAGGUCAUGGGCGCUUUCUUUGGGUGACCGAGACAGGCAUCAUAGAGAGUGAUGACAUCAGCCUCCUGAUUGAAGAAAUGGAAACGGCUGCUAUUUAUUCUCAGAAGUGCACUGAGUUGGUGGACUCUCUGAUCCAGAGGAGCUCCAUCAAAGGAUCAGAACAAAGCUUUCAGGAGAUGAGCAGCCCAUUCAUCAAACCCCAGACUUCAGACCGCAGUGCAAAACUACCUCCUCCAAGACCCACAAUACUUAGUCUUGCUAGACAGGAGAAUAGGCAGAAGGUCAGGUCAGCACAGAAAAGACUUGCUUGGAGACCAAGCAGCUCUAAAGCAGAUUUCCCACCAGUCCAGACGACUGAUGUCAGCAAACCAGCAGGACAUUUGAGAUCUGCUGAUCAGAGGAGAAUCAAAGUAUCACAGUCUGUUUUCUACAUGGAAGACGGUAGCGUAGGUGUUGUUUUCAAGAAAUAUCCAAAACCAAAAAGCACGCGUGAGUCUAUCACCACCAUUAAGCUACUAAAACACGAAGACCUCUGUUCAACUAAACAGUGGCUGAAAAGAUUUGGUAUAAAAAAUCUGAAGAUGGACCUUCACAAAAUGCUGUCUGGGCCAGAAUGCUCCCAUUCCAAAAAAAUGGUGCCAUCUGUCCAAAAAAGAGUGUCUGCUAAGUACUGUGGCAUAUUCCCUAGCGUUCAAAUCAAUGGGAGUGUUAAACACUUGCAUCUGACUGCUGGUGAGUUAAAGCAGUAUCUAAAUGAGACCCAGAAACUGAUGCAGCGAUACAAUCGGAGGUUGGAGUGGUUACUGACAGGUAGCAGAUGUAUGUUUGGGACAGUGCUGGAGAAGACAGUCUGUAUUCUGCUGGAUGUUUCUGGAUCUAUGGGUUCUUGCUUUUCUGAUCUUCAGAAAGGACUGGCUUUGCUGAUCUGGGACCAGCUCCAUGCAAACAGUGUAAGGUUUAAUAUGGUGGCAUUUUCUGGAGAGGUACGGCUCUGGAAGCCUGGUUUGGUUCAGUCCACAGAGGAUCUAUGUAAGGAUGCUGUGCUAUGGCUUAAUCAGCUCAGCCCACACGGAGGUUCAUGCAUGCUGCAAGCACUACAGACAAGCUGUGGUUUAGAAGAUGCAGUGAGUCUUUAUCUGAUGAGUGAUGGAGGGUCUAACUCCAGCCAUAGGUUGAUACUGAGAGAGGCAGAAACACUGAGAAAAGAGAAACAUGUCACUAUACACACUACCGCAUUCAACUGCCAUGACAGAGCAUGCACUGAAUUUCUGAAGUGCUUGGCUCAUAAAACAGGUGGUCGGUUUCAUCUGGCUCCAGACAGUACAGAUACUGAUUUUGUGAAGAAAUCCCUGUCUGAUAUGAACAGCACAGCUUCAGCCCUACCAGAAUUUGAGGGGGAUGAUUUAAGGAGACUUGCAGAAGAGAUUGAGAAGCUCAAUUUUUUCCAGAAACAAGCCAAAACUUUCAGGGAAACUGUUUUACAGUUUAAGAAUCUGGAGGACACAUAAGCACUGAUAUUUGUUCAGAUCACUACGGCCUUAAAAGUGCUAUUA